AUGGAUAACGCAACUAUUCUCACUUUAUAAGUUUACAGUAAAAAUAUAUUUUUUGAUCACCCCUAUGAAUUAACAUAUGACGGAGACAAAAUUUUAUUUUAUAAGCUGAAGCAAGGAGUUUAUAUUUUCAGAUUUCAACUUUUGAUAAGAAUCAUGACUCAAAUUAAGUGGAUAACCAAAAUUGAAGGUAAUUUGCCUAAAAUUAUUGGGUUCACAAUAAACAUCAAGAAAAAAUUCAAGAAUUUUCUUUGUAAGGACGUUAAUGGACUUUUAAAGUAAUUACAUCAUCAAAUGAAUGUUAGUCUGAAGAAUUUUCUGAGCUGCAAAUGCAGUUUUGCUAAUUUUGAUGAAUUAUUUAACGUCAAAAGUGAGAUAAGUAGAGGGUCUUCAGGGAGUGUGAAAAAAAUCUAAUGUAAAUAGACUGGAAAUGAAUUGGCUGUUAAAUUUAUUAGUAAAAAGGAUUUAACACCUUUAAAUUAUUCAAUCUUAGAGCAAGAAAUAGCUGUGAUGAAUAAAGUAAAAGGAUAUAAUUAUUUUGUGAAAAUCCAGGAUUUAUAUCAAGAUGAUUUAUACUACUUAAUCAUCAUGAAUUAUUUGGAAGGGUACUCGUUGUCUCAUUAUUUGGAAAACAAUAAAAGAAUGAAUAAAACCUUUUCUUUGUUUUAAAUAUUCUCAAUUAUGAAACGGCUAUUUGAAGCCUUAAUCAAACUAUCCUAAUUAGAAAUUAUACACAGGGAUAUAAAACCAUAAAAUUUAGUUUUAGCAGAAGAAGAUGAUUUCAAUUCUCUUACCAUAAUAGAUUUUGGAUUUGCAACCUUCACCAAUAUUAACAGAUAUCUUUUAUAUAAAUGUGGUACACCCGGAUAUGCAGCACCUGAAGUGCUUAAUUCUUAAUGCACUUAUUACUCAUUUAGUUGUGAUAUUUUUAGCAGUGGUUGUAUGCUUUAUCUAUUGUAAUUAACUGAUUCAUUCUUUAGGUUAUUUAAUGAAUUGCCUUUUAAAGGUGACACAACGGAAUAGCUAGUCCACAACAACAGAAUUUGUUAAUUAAAUUUGCAACAAGAAAAAUAUUUUUAUGCAGUUAUAUAGAAUCUUUUGAAAUCUCUAUUGGAAAAGAAUACAUCUGACAGAAUCACUUUGAAGGCUGCUUAUGAAUAAUUUUCAUCUUUGUAUGAAAUUUAUAAACAAAGGUGUGAUACUGAGGAUUGUCAUGACUCAUCUCCGCUUGUAAAUAGGCUACCUAAUUUUGAUAUCUAAAUUGGUAGAAUAUUUGAAUCGAGCUCAAUAAAAGAACGAGAACAAGUGAACAAAGUUGUUUUAAGUUGA